AAACCAUUUAUGACGCCAUUGAUACAAUUUUGAUACCGAAUUCACAUUUUGAUGGUUUUCGAGCUCUUGCCACAGAGUUCUGAUUUAAUCCGUUUUUGUACCCUAAAGAUAAAAACGUCCAACAAGACACAUCGGUGACGAUGGUGCCUCUAUUUGUGGCGAGCUGAUGGAUCUACCGACCCUGUUUGUUGCUUGAAUUGUGUUUUAAUUUGUAUUUUGUGAGCCAACGACGCUCAUAGUCUUGUUAGAAUGUGUCUUUCCUACAGCCUUAGCAUCUUAGGUCUUUUAGUUUUAACAGUUCCCUGCACUCUGGAGCUGGCCUUCAGUAAUGCUCAUUGUGUGCAUUCACCCAAAAUACUGCUACCCAGACAAGGAGAGAUUCAUAACUCUGCCCACCAUGUCUGGUCGUCCCGCCCACUCAAUUGCAGUUGGCUGAUAACCUCAAAAGUUGGGGAGCGUGUCAUCAUUAGUUUUUCCGAGUUGAACAUGAGGUGUGGGCGAGAAUGGGUAUCUGUGGCCCCUCUCACUGGCAGGCCCAAUAAAUUCUGUGGUUCCCAGUUGCCAGAACCAUUUGAGAUGGCGGGGGGAAACAUAACCGUGACGCACCACUUCCUCCCCCAUUUUUACCCAGUAUCAGUGUUCCAUCUUUCAUAUAUUAAAGACUCAGGUCCCUGUUUUCCAGGCGAGUUUGAAUGUUACAGUGAACGCUGUCUCCCAGCCUCAUGGCGGUGUAACGGGCAGGUCGAGUGCCUUGGUGAGGGGGAUGAGCUUGGUUCUGACGAGGAUGGAUGCGAUGAGAUCACCCCUGAACCUCACAUAGACUAUAUAAAUCCCCUCCCUCCCACAGAAACUACCACCAUGGCUAUUCCAUUAACCAAUACAGAUGUGCCACCACCUAAAGAACCUGUCUUUCACCUGGUGCCCCAAGGAGGGCCAUGUGGGGGUUACUUGGAUGCAUUUUAUGGGUCAUUCACCCCUCCUGUUUUAACAGGACACCCGUUGGAGUGUGUGUGGACGGUUGACCCACGAGACUCGCGGCCACUUAAACUAGAGCUCCAGCAACUUGAUCUGGGUCCUGGAGACACAAUCAUAAUCACAGACCAGCCCCAUGGAACAGGCAACAUCAUUAAAUCGAUCAACUUUGUGUCCAAUAACAAAGCAGUAGAGGUGGAAUCCCGCACCGGCUUGCUUUCCCUGAUCUUCCAUAUGCUGCCUGGAUCGGAUGGGCGGGGCUUUAAUGCGACCUAUCGCAUUAGGGAUUACUGCCUUCCAUGGGAGGGACUUUGUUGGGGAUCAGAGGGAGGCUGUUACAGCCUGAAGCAGCGUUGCAAUGGACACUGGGACUGUCCUGAAACAGGCCUGGAUGAGGAAGGGUGCGGGGUCUGCCCGGCUGGACACUUCCCCUGUGGGAUGGGUGGUAUGCAGAAAGCAGGUCACCAGCAGGGCAGACCAAACUGCUUCUCUAUCCAUGAGCGUUGCAACUACCAGCUCAACUGUGCAGAUGGUAGUGAUGAGAGAGAAUGCACCAUCUGCCAACCUGGGACAUUUCACUGCGACAGUGACAGGUGUGUAUUUGAGAGCUGGCGCUGUGACGGACAGAUGGACUGUAAGGACGGCACAGAUGAGCUAAACUGCACUGUGACCCUUCCAAGAAAGGUGAUCACAGCGGCUACUGUUGGAAGCUUAGUUUGCGGACUGCUGCUUGUCAUUGCAAUGGGCUGCACCUGCAAGCUGUAUUCACUGCGCACUCGAGAGUACAGCAUGUUCGCACCAAUCAAUAGGCAGGAGGCAGAACUGAUCCAGCAGCAGGCCCCGCCCUCCUAUGGUCAGCUGAUUGCUCAGGGAAUCAUUCCACCAGUGGAAGACUUCCCUACUGAAAACCCAAAUGAAACUGUCUCACUCUCUCUGAGAGGAAUACUGCAGCUUCUCAGGCAAGACAAUGAUUCCUCUCCACGGCGAAGACGCAGGCCGCGGUUUGUCCGCAGAUUUGUCCGUCGCCUGCGAAGGUGGGGCUUAAUUCCCCGGCCUGUCCCCAGGCCGACACAGACCACAGCCUCUGCCUCGCAACAGACAGAGGCUCCUACUUCUGCCUCUGUGCCCAGCCAGUCAAGUCCUGGAGUUUCCUCAGUGGCUGUAGAAGUUGCCAGUCAGCUCUUGCCUCAGAAACUGUGUUUAUCCCAUCAGACAGAGCUGCAACAGCAGCAAGCAGAGGCUUCAUCCCCUGUCCAGUCUCUCAGUUCCCAGGAAACACAACAGACCCCACCCAUAACUGUGCCACCUAGUAGCCCCUCCCUGGCAUCUCUCUUCCACACGCUGGGGAGGAGUAUCUCCCGUUUCAGACCCUCCCCGUCCCCUACCUCUCUUCCUCUCUCUGCUUCCCCCUCUUUUUCCUCUUCCUCGGAAGAUGAAGUGCUGUUGAUCCCUCUUUCUGAUGACACAACCUCUGAAGAUGAUAUUCCCAUGCUGACAUGAGCUACUCUUAUUUAAACCAUUCUUUCUGCUCUGUCUUCAUUUUCUCUCCCUACACGUUGUUCUCUCUCUCCUUGCUUCCCUCCCUUUCAGCACAUCACCAUGUUUGCUACUUGUGCUGGCUUGGUGCCUUUAAUGAAUGCAUCUGUGUUCCUUACUUGAGAAAAGACAUGAGAAAAAGUAUUGAAAAACGUUUGCCAAAAUAUAUGACAAGCGUUUGUGUGCACUUAUUUAAAGUGUUUGACGUGAGAAGAAAAAAAAUCAUUUGCACAGAGAAUCUUCCCCCAGUUGGCUUAGGAAAUGCCUUUGCCACAAAGUUCAUAUUCUCAAAUCGGACAGGCUAAGAAUGAUUUUAUUUUUAUUUGCUUUUUAUUUCUUAAGACAUGGUUGUGUGUGUGUGUGUGUGUGUGUGUGUGUGUGUAUAUACAGGUGAGUUUACCUCAUAAUGCUACAGGCCACAUAUUUUCUUGUGUGUGUUCCUAAGAAGUGCCUUUGAUUUGAACUUCCUGUAAAUCACUACACAGUACGUGACUGUUUAUGUGAUUGCAUGUAGGGCCAAACACACUUGCACAAAGGUUUUAACAUAGAUGUAGAACUCACCCUCGCUAUGUAUAUUGUAGUGCAUGGCAACUGUGGCAAUAACGUAAUAAAAAAGAGUGUGUGAAAGAGAGAGAAAGAGAGUGGACUAUCUGGAAGUGGCUAGCCUCACUGUAAAGACAAUCCCUCUUGGUGCUUGAGGUUUCACUCUCACCUCUGUUUGCACCACCAACAUGAAUGGCAUCACUAUAUUAUCACUAUGACUUGACAAUGUCUUUCAAUAUCUUGAAAAUUACAUAUUUCUUACUUCCAAAUUCCUGGCUCGUUGAAUAACAACAGACGAUUUGUCGUAGUGCCAUAUCUCUAGUCAUAUGUUUUCAGCUGCUCUUACAAUCUCUCAUUCACUCCUCCUCUUACCCUUUUGAUGGAUGUUUUUUUACAUAAUGUAUAUUAUUAAUGCCAAGAUGUUAAACUUUCAGCUGCCAAAUGGUGAUGGAUGAAUUUCACUGUAUAUAUUUGCUAAACCAUCAAGAAAAUUCACAAAGAUUAAAAUUAUUUGCACUUUUAGUCCUAAAAAGCUUUUUAUCUGUUGUUUUAAAUGCAGUGCUUCUGUUUUCUACAUAGUGUGCUAUUUGGGGGAAUCUUAACUAAAUCUGUCAAGAACAUGUAAUAUUUCACUGCAAAAUCAAAACAAAGAAAGAAGUUGUUUUGCUGAAAUGAAGAAAAGUACUGCUAAGAUUUUUUAAUGAUGACUAUUUCCAUGACAUUAAGAUUUGUUUUCACCCAAAUUGAUUUUUACAAUAAUACACACAAACAAACUCAUUCUCACUCUCUUGCUGAAACGAGGAAAAAAAUGACAUUAUUUAAAUCUUAAGUAUUUAAGGAAAAUAGGAAUUUCAAAA